AUGUCACUGGUUCCCAACUCCACCACCUCUCCCCUAUCACUGGCUGAUGAUACUGUAGCGCUGGCCGAAGAAACGCUUGGCCACGUGCCGUCGGACUACGCCCAAAUGCUUCUGUACGGUCUGUUCGCUGUCAUCGGUCUUCCCGUCAACAUCUCCACGCUCAUCUACAUGCUCAAACGGUACCGACACGCCAAAUCGUUCCUGCUCCUUCUUCAUAUCAACCUCAACAUUUCCGAUAUUCUGGUGAGUGGAAUGAAUCACGUGGGGCCGAAAAGCGAAUGAAAUAACUUGAAGGUGCUUGGUCUCUACGUGCCCGGUUUAAUCGGGUGGCUGGUGACUUUGGAAUGGCGUGGAGGCGAGUAUCUAUGCAAAUUGAUGCGCUUCGUGGAUGCUUUCGUCUUUGCGAUCAGGUAACAUCAUCGAAAAGUCUGGGGUGAAGUAACGAGAAUGGGAAACUCCUCUUCCACGUGAGGAGAUCACCGAGAAGAACUGAAGUUCUGUUUCCAGCUCGAACAUAAUGGUGUGCAUUGCCCUGUACCGUCUCUCGGCCCUCCGUUAUCCCCUUUGGGUGAACGCCGUCGGGCACUCCCGGGUGCCACGAAUGCUGAUUCUCGCGUGGGCUCUCGCAGUGGUCACGAUGCUCCCGCAAAUGUUCGUCUGGAAUGAAGUCGGUCACAUCCCAUCCCAUCCCGCGCCGUUUCACUCAUCAAUUCUCUUUUAGGUACGCUUCUCGCACGUCACUCAAUGCGUGACAAUUUGGACGGAAAUAAUCAACAAGGGACACACUCUGAGCGAGAGUCAGUUACGGAACAUGAAGUUGUACUCGAUCCAGAAUGCCAUCAUCAUCUUCUAUAUUCCGUUGAUGAUUCUCGUCGCGUGCUACGUGCUCAUUUUGAAGGUAUUCCGAGCGGGAAAAGGGAGCAACAAAACGAGCACGAUUGAAUUGCAAUUACAGGACAUUUACAAGACGCUGAACACGGACACCGAGUGCUCCUCGGCCGCCUAUCUCUCCGAAAUGAGCUCCUCGAAGACUGCGGCUCACAAGAAAGAGCAAGAGAGUUUCGGUGCGUCCGUUCCCGGUCCCGUCGGCUUAAAUCGGUCCCUUUCAGUGACUCUCACCACGCGGACGGUCCGUGGCCAGGAGAAGUUCCGCCGGGCCAAGGUCCGCAGCCUUCGGAUCACUCUUCUGCUCAUUCUCACCUACGCCGUCACCUGGCUGCCGUACAAUCUUCUCUCCUGGUGGAUGGUGCUCCAUUUCGAUUCGUACAAGGCCAAUCUCGACUCCAAUUACAUUCUCAACUCGCUUGUCGUCCUCAACAGUGUCAUCAAUCCUUUCAUCUAUGGAAGGUAAUCAAAUUGUUUAACAGUUUUAUAUUCGAGAAAAUUAGAGAGAGAAAUAGUGAUCAAAAUAGCGGGAAGAGCAAUGUGGAAUAGUAGUGGCAUAAAAAAAGGGGUGGAAAAGAAAUUAGAAAACAUUAAAUGAAAAUUGAGAGACAAAUAAAAUUGACAAAAGAGAUAAAGUCGAGGAAUAAUGGGGAUUCUUUGUUGCAGAUGUCAAGGCAUCCGUUUCUUAUUCAAGUGCCGGGAGAGACUCGCCACACCGAAACCAAAAAAGAUUUGCAAGUUUCUACAAAAUUAACAAGAAUCAGCGCGGUGACGGAAGAGAAGAAACGGGACGGGUUGACCAACAUUUUAACAAUUCUUUUUUGUGUUUUCCGACAACUAUAAUGAAAGUUCUCCUUCAGUUUGCGUAAAUAACUAUAUGAAUUUGUUUUUGUUUUUUUUAUCGGUGACCAAGAGUGUUCCGUGAAGAGGUGGAGUUCCGAGCAACAAUCCAUCAACCACAACGACUACAACUACGGCGGGACGUCCAGCGUCGCUCCAGAAGGUGUCAUUGCGCUCAUGCAGGCCACCCGUUUGAGACCGAUUCGACAGAAGAGACCACGGGUGGAAGAGCAACAAGACGGCACAACUGGUGUGAGUGGGAACGACUCUGGACGCCUUCUUCUUGGUGGCUGA